GUGGGGGCGGAGCGGAAGUGCAGGCGGAAGUGGAGGCCGCAGCGCCUUAGGAAAGGGGCCCCGGAGGAAACUACUCUGCGGCCGUCUGCGGACGGUGUAGGAGUGCGGAGGCCACCAUGAACCGGCUCCAAGAUGACUAUGACCCCUACGCAGUUGAAGAGCCCAGCGAUGAGGAGCCGGCUUUGAGCAGUUCUGAAGAUGAAGUGGAUGUGCUUUUACAUGGAACUCCUGACCAAAAACGAAAACUCAUCAGAGAAUGUCUUACUGGAGAAAGUGAAUCUAGUGAAGAUGAAUUUGAAAAAGAAAUGGAAGCUGAAUUAAAUUCCACCAUAAAAACAAUGGAAGUCAAAUUAUCCUCCCUGGAAACAGGGUCUUCUUCAGGAAAUGGGAAAGUUGGAACAGCUUCCACAAAGUACUAUGAUGAUAUAUAUUUUGAUUCUGAUUCUGAGGAUGAAGACAAAACAACACAGGUGACCAAGAGAAAAAAGAAGAAACGACACAGGAUUCUAACAAAUGAUGAAUUACUGUAUGAUCCUGAAAAAGAUAACAGAGAUCAGGCCUGGGUUGAUGCACGGAGAAGAGGAUACCAUGGUUUUGGAAUACAGAGGCCACGUCAACAACAACAGCCUGUUCCAAAUAGUGAUGCUGUCUUGAAUUGCCCUGCCUGCAUGACCACACUGUGUCUUGAUUGUCAAAGGCAUGAAUCAUACAAAACUCAGUAUAGAGCAAUGUUUGUGAUGAAUUGUUCUGUCAACAAAGAGGAGGUUCUAAGAUAUAAAACCCCAGAGAACAGGAAGAAAAAGCGAGGCCGUAAGAAGAUGCGGGCUAACCAUGAAGAUGCUGCAGAGCAGACAGAUACAGAAGUGGAAGAAAUCUAUCACCCAGUUAUGUGCACCGAAUGUUCCACUGAAGUGGCAGUCUAUGACAAGGAUGAAGUCUUUCAUUUUUUCAAUGUUUUGGCAAGCCAUUCCUAAUAGCUAAGUUUGCAUUUAAUUGCCCAAUACUGUAUGUAAGGCAAAUAUGACAGUUAUUUUCCUCCUGCCUAUUAAGUGACAUUCUGAGUGGUUAUUUGAGGAAGCAGUGUUUUAUUUUUGAAAGAGAAUGGAUACCAACCUUCACCUUUCCCCCUUCUUUAAAAAAAUUUCCCCUAGCUCUGUUGAGACUGAUUAUUCAAUCCCUUUUUGAUGGACUUUGGAAACUUGGGGCUUUUUAUUUAUUAAAGUUCUUUAGAAUUAAA